AUGACCCAGCAAGAAGUCCCAACUUUCAAACUUGUCCUCGUUGGUGACGGCGGUACUGGCAAAACUACCUUCGUUAAACGUCAUCUAACAGGAGAAUUUGAAAAAAAGUAUAUGGCAACCCUUGGUGUUGAAGUUCAUCCACUAAGUUUCCAUACAAAUUUCGGCCCAAUAUGCUUUAAUACAUGGGACACUGCAGGACAAGAAAAAUUUGGUGGUCUUAGAGAUGGAUAUUAUAUUCAGGGUCAAUGUGCUGUAAUUAUGUUUGAUGUGACCUCACGUAUUACAUACAAAAAUGUUCCAAACUGGCAUAGAGAUUUGAUUCGAGUGUGUGAAAAUAUUCCCAUUGUUCUUUGUGGUAAUAAAGUGGAUGAAAACUGUUAUUUUGUUCAAUUAAUUGAACAAAGAUAA